AUGUUCGGAUUUCUCUCUCACAGAAAGUUGAAGAAUUCGUUUGUAGGGAAUGUCUUGAUGUCUGUCGGGCUCUCGGUGACGGUGACUUUUUUCUUGAUGUCCUUCUACUGCACCUCGCCCAAGUCGACACGUGCAACAGUGCUGUACGAUAUACUGAUGCGGUGCGAGACGAUGGAGCACCCGCCAGAAACAUGCGAAAACGCUAGGGCCGAGUGGUCAGGUAUGUUUGCGUCAAAGACACUUAUAGACGAUGAAGUAACUCUAAAACGCGUUGUCGCUGAUAGCGAUGAAGAGCCGACAAAAUAUGAAAGUAGUCGUGGAGAUAUGCCAGAAAAUGGCGCAGAGCCACAAACGUAUAACGAGGAUGCAGCAGAUUUUCCAGACCCUCCCGAGAUGCCUAAAGUUAUCAGUAAAAGAAGAUAUUUGUUUCCCAUGCAAACGCGAGGACUUGGUCCCAGUGUACAGUAUGAAAGUUUUAAAUUGGCUGCAGCCUUUGCUAAACAAUUGAAUCGUAGCAUUGUACUAGUGCCAUUCUUCCAUCACCGUGGUCACGAAGAGGCGAGCUCUCGGCCAUUUGCAAUGACUAUCCGUUGCCAAUGUUAG